AUGAAUCAAAAGGACCGCGCAGACAGCCGCGCAGCAGAGAGUGACGCAGUGGGGGAGCGCACCUGCUGAGAGGCAACAGGUGGAAAGAUAACUUUGACGACGGUAUUCAACGUUGUAGCAGCUGUAAGGACGUUAAAGGUGAACCACUGGGAUCUUUGCCUGAAAAUGGAGCUUUUUAAUAUUAAAACCUCCGUUGCAGAAAUUUACGACGGGUUCAUCCAAAAUGCAGAUUCGCGGACAGGGAACUGGCUGCUCAUGUCGUCGCCUAUCCCCCAAACGAUCAUCAUCUUGGCUUACAUCUACUUCGUCACGUCGCUGGGGCCUCGGCUGAUGGAGAACCGGAAGGGCUUCGACCUGAGAGGAGUCCUUAUCGUCUACAACUUCAGUGUGGUGGCUCUCUCGGUCUACAUGUGCUACGAGUUUGUGAUGUCCGGAUGGGGAACAGGAUAUUCAUUUCGCUGCGACCUUGUUGACUACUCGGACUCGCCGCAGGCUAUGAGGAUGGCAGCGACCUGCUGGCUUUACUACUUCUCAAAGUUCAUCGAGAUGCUUGAUACGAUUUUCUUUGUGCUGAGGAAGAAGAACAGCCAGGUGACGUUUCUUCAUGUCUACCAUCACUCCAUCAUGCCCUUCACCUGGUGGUUUGGGGUUCGUUUUUCUCCAGGUGGGUUGGGAACGUUCCACGCCCUUCUCAACUGUGUCGUCCAUGUCAUCAUGUAUACGUACUACGGGCUGACGGCCAUGGGCCCCAACUACCAGAAGUACCUGUGGUGGAAGAAGUACCUCACCACCAUUCAGCUGAUCCAGUUUGUCAUGGUUACCACCCACAUCUCCCAGUACUUCUUCAUCGAGGACUGCCCAUACCAGUUCCCCAUCUUUAUCUACAUCAUCGGCCUGUACGGCCUGAUUUUCCUGUUGCUUUUCCUCAACUUCUGGUACCACGCCUACACCAAGGGCAAGAGGCUGCCUAAAGUGCUGCAGAAUCAGACAUGGGGGCACCACACCAACGGAGUCAUGAAUGGAAACGUAGACCAUGAGAAAUAUCACUGAUGCACAGUUCUGGCGGUUUCACAUAAGCAAACCUCUGGUUCUGUCAGAUUCAACCUAAACAGUUUUUUUUCUGUUUUUUUUCUGUUUUUUGUCUUUUUUGAAUAUUUAUUUUGGCUGCGUUUCUGUAUCUGCUGUUAAAGACAAUCUUCGAAUUAUAGCCAAACCUCAUCUAGAUUACGAAAAAGGCUUAGAGCUUUUAUUUGACUUCUGUGUAUAGGAAAGGUGAAGUUUUGCUACAGAGAAUUUAUAUAGUUGCCCCUCUGCCACCCGUUUUGCUGCAAGUCUCAAACGGACCCGACCGGCCAUAGAGGUGCUGAAGGCAAGACUGCAGGACCCUCAGCUGUACGAGUCCACCUGGAGUUUAAAACUUUACUCCUGAAAUAACAAAUAUUUUUUUUAUAUCCGUUUCCUUUCAAGCUUCAAUUAAGGUUUUUAAAGUUGUGCACGGAGAUGUUAAGGUUUAAGUCCACCGGGCCUGACGACGAUGUCAGCAUGCUACACUUUGUUUACUUUUUGAUAAUGCACAUAUGGUCACUUAAACACAGCAGCUGCCGACGGUUACAGACAUGCAGUGAAAAGUCCCGUCUGAUUCCAGUGGCAUGGGUUUCAUUCCUGUCCCACUUCUCUGAUGAAGCAUUGUUGUGAAUGCCCAGUGUAAACCCGAUGGACCGCCCCAUGUGGUUCUCGUAGGACCCAGACCAGAGCAUGAAACUACGGCUGAAGUCGUUACCGAGGCACAUUGCACAAGAACACAGUUGCACAAUUGGCAAUUUUUUUUUUAAGGCGUCUCUGUGAGAAACCGAGAACGGCCGUGCUUUCUCGCUUAUGAGCGGCGUGCUAAUGAGGUUUUCAGACAUCUGGAGUUGCUGCCUUUGGCUACGUUAGUUUUAUACCUACUGAUCUUAAGUCUGAGCCGGAAUGUUAUACUGUGCUCCCGUGGUGACUGAGGACUCAGGAUUGAGCUUUGUGUGGAAGGAGUUCCACCUUUUAAUGAAGCACAAACCCAUCCCAAAAGGUUUACACGAGUAAAUGUUUUUGUCCUUUUUUCAGCUUGUCAGACCUGUUUGUACCAGUGAACAAAACUGUAAAGAAACUUGUUUAUACUGUAUUUUAUAUGUAUUUAUAUAAAAAUAAACGAUGAUUGUACUUAAAA